CGAAAAUCUCAAUAUAUCCACAAAGGCACAAAUUAUAAAAGUCACGUACCCGACCCGGCAGGCGUGGUGCACCUUUGAUACGGUUAACCUGCAACCUUGGUGGCUGUUCGUGGCGUUCUACUUCCUGAAGUUCAUUAACACAAACCCUAAUUCCAUCCUGUACAAUCAAAGAAUGAUUAGUGAGACUAGGAUGUAAAUGGCAGCAAUAAGGCGUAUACUUUUCUCUUCUUUAUCUCGUUCUUCAUCAAAUUACACCAGCGAACUAGUGUAUAAUACCAACCACAAGUGGAUCUCCACAACCAUCCACCUCAAUCAGUCAUGGAUGAAUAAGAUCAAAGGUGCCUUCACCGGGAAAAAACCCACUUCACCAGCUAACGAAGACGUCACGUCGCAAUCAUUCACUCUCUUUAGGUUUGCGGAUGAGCUGAAAAAUGCACGGAAGUUGGGUACUUUCAAACAAUACAUGGUUGGUCGAAGCAGUGAAGCCACAUUUGCAGAUGCAUUCGAGAAGCAAGAGGCUAUAAUUCGAUUUCUUGGGGGAUUUGAUCCCAGUGGAGAGAAUAUCCAACCUAGUCAAAAGCAAGAAGCAGCAAAAUGCUGUAAUUGCACUAUAGCUGAUGUUGAAAAUACUUUGGCAAAAUUCACUUGGGCUAAAGAAGCUCAGAGGAAAAUCGAGAAGAUGAAGGAAGAAGGAAAGCCAAUGCCAAAGAGCUUAGCUGAGGUCCAAAAGCUAAUGGGAUCAACACCAAUGGAUCUUGCCCAAUCGAACAUGGCUAAGAGUGGACAAAUAAGCAGAAAUGCACUCUGCCCAUGUGGAUCUAAAAAGAGAUACAAACGGUGUUGUGGAGCUGAAGGGAGCACAUCAAUCAAGAAUUAA